CAUUGAUGCGCUUUAUUUCUACGAGGGCGAACCGGAGCCUGCUUCCCCCUGCCGUGCGGUGCUGCUGCGGACCGGAGCCAUGGUGUCUCACAGCCUCGCCCUGCCGAUGAUCUGCUUCACCACGCUGUGGGCGCUGGUGGGGGUCGUGGCUCCCUUCCUAGUGCCCAAAGGACCCAACCGGGGUGUGAUUGUGACCAGUCUCAUCCUCACAGCCAUCUGCUGCUAUUUGUUCUGGUUGAUAGCCAUCCUGGCCCAGGCCAACCCUCUGUUCGGCCCUCAGCUGAAGAAUGAGACUAUAUGGUAUCUGCGGUACUUCUGGGAGUAAACCCGGACGGCUCGACGUGUGGCCUCCCUUCUGUCCCACCAUGUGGUUUGCUUCAACCUUACCCCUAAACAUGAAUCCUGAGCCCACACACCUCUGAACUGCACUACUGAUGGUUUAUGUCACAACCCAACAGUCCCGCUUGUCAACCAGGGAAUCUGAGGAAUAAUGUACAGUAUGGAGAAUUUAAAGACGACCUUUUAUGUUGGUGUUUCUCGGUUUUAAAAAACUGAUUCGUUAAAAGAUUUGUCUUGGUCGGCACCCUCUCGUUAACCUUUUUAAAAGCGCUCUCUCUUCAUGUGGUGUCUCAAAGUAAGCAAUAAGCGCUUUGUAAUUUGACACCAGCCUCAUCGUGCAACAAGCUAAUCAGGAGUAAACCUGUAACGGGAUUAAAGCUAGCAGUGAUCACAGCAGCUUGACUGGGACAACAUAAAAGGUCCUCUUUAAAGAUGUAUUAUGUGUUUGAAGACAUUAUAAAACUACGAAUGCGAUGAGUUGAGUUUAAAAAUGUGAUUCCUUGCAACGUCUGUUUGGAGUUUGAUGUGAAAUUUUUAAUCUUUCAUCUAAUGUUGGUUUACAUUUAUUUUUUGUGUGUCGCUGCCGUCAGGGAGCAUUAUUUUCUCGACGCUGGUAUUUAUUUUGGCUCGCAGAGGCCGACGGAAGCUCAUCGUCGGCGCCUCAGUUGUCCGCGUAGCUUCGUUAUGUAACUGUUACAGUGUGAGUUGCAAUUACGGCGUGUGCGUGCGAGUGUGUGAAGAGUUCAUUAGUGCGAGUGCUUGGUCCGCGGCCAUGAGAAUCUCCUAAAGCCGCAAGAAGUAGGAGAAAAAAC